AUGAAGCUCUCAAACCAGUCUACAGCCCAGCACAUCAAGUCUCGGAGUACCCUGCGCAGCUCAGAUGGCCAGGCACUUCUCACAGACAUAGCAUCUAUCCUCAACCGCUGGUCUGAAUAUUUUCAAGCCCUCUUCAGUGCAGUCCGAGUUGUCCAGGAAAAUACAAUCCUCCAUAUUCAGCAACAACCAGUCAGUAUGGAAUUAGAUGAGCCCCCAGCCCUUGAAGAGACCAGACUUGCCAUAGGCUGGCUGAAGAGCAGAAAGACAGCAGGAGUCGAUGGCAUACCAUCAGAGAUAUGGAAGUAUGGGGGUCCUGACAUACAUGCUAAACUCCAUGAGCUCCUCGUUGCAUGCUGGGAACAGGGCAAGCUGCGACAAGAUCUCCACAAUAUUGUCAUCAUUCCACUAUACAAAAACAAAGGGGAAAAGUCAGACGGCUCAAAUUACCGGGGGAUCACCCCGUUUCCACUGCAGGAAAAGUUCUAG